AUGUCGCUUUUUCCAGGAAAUAAACUUCCCAAGUUCGACAAUUCGCUUGGGGCGCUCCUCAUUGGUGGCAUGGUCGCCAUGGCGCUCUGGGGCGUGACCUGCGUUCAAAGUUACUCGUAUUUUACCAGUCCGUCAAAAGAUCGUCCUUUCAUUAAAUUUACGGUCGCAUUUCUUCUGAUUUUGGAUACAUUCGACUCGGCGUUGAACACCCACAUUCUUUAUCACUACAUGGUCACCAAUUAUGUCAAUCCUUUUGCACUUUUGGUGCCAGUAUGGAGCAUUAUCAUCCAUGUCACCAUUACGCCGGGUAUCCUCCAGUCGCUUUCCAACUUCAUCAUUCGGACGAUGUUUGCCCUUCGUAUAUAUCGGCUCAGCAAAGGAAAUAGACCGCUAACAGGCUGGAUUAUGGCCGUAUCAACCACGGAUCUAGUUGUCGGCCUCGUUAUUACCGUGAAAGCAGCUGAAGAAAAUUUCGGUGCGAUUCCCAGCGUUCUUUGGACCCUUUCACCGCCGUUUUUACUUCUCGUACUCCAGUUCUUGAUGUAUCUGACAUUUGCAGUGGGUACAACAAGUGACCUUAGUCUUGCUCUUGCGCUAUGCUAUCUGCUCCAUCGCUCUCGGACGGGCUUCCGAAAGACAGACUCUUUAAUCAAAGUGCUUAUAUUAUACACUGUCAACACUGGCAUGAUUGUUGCACUUGACGCAAGCCUCGGAAUGAUCAUGUAUGUCUUGAUGCCUGACAAUCUCAUCUUCCUUGGCAUCUACCUCCUCCUAAGCAAAUUAUACCUCAAUUCAUACCUUGCAGCCCUGAAUGCUCGCAGAGAUCUUCGAGACAAGGGUGACGACACACCAGUCUCUAUCCAUCUAUCUCAAAUCUCACAAACCCGGAGGUUUGACAUAGAGGGUAACCUGCCGUCGGUCAAUGAAAAGAGCCGUCGCACGUCCAACUUGGCAAUUUCAAUCGAAACGCUGGUUGACAGAAAAGUUGACUACGCACCUCCAGCUACGAACACUGGGAACCCUCAUCCGUUCUCUAGAAGUGUGUAA